UAGCGCGACGACGGCCGCACGUCGCGACUCUAUUUUGACGUCCGAAAUAAUAGUGUUAAGUGAAAAUGCCUAACAUAAUAAACGAGGUUAAAUUGGACUUUAAAGACGUGCUACUAAGACCCAAAAGAAGUACGCUCAGGAGCAGAAACGAUGUGGAUCUGUACCGGGAGAUCACGUUCCGCAACUCGGGGCAGACGUACCGAGGAGUGCCCGUCAUGGCCAGCAACAUGGACACCGUCGGCACCUUCGAGAUGGCCAAGGAGCUCUCCAAGCACGGAUUGUUCACGUGCAUCCACAAGUACUACACGAUCGACGAGUGGGUGAAGUUUGCGACGGACCACCCGGAGUGCCUUGAGCAGAUGGCGGCCAGUUCAGGAACUGCCGAAGCCGACUUCGAGCGUCUCUCAGAGAUCCUGAACAACGUGAAAGAGCUGAAGUUCGUGUGCCUUGACGUCGCUAACGGCUACUCGCAACACUUUGUGGAGUACGUCAGGAGGGUGCGGGCGGCGUAUCCUACGCAUACCAUUAUCGCUGGCAACGUUGUAACUGGAGAAAUGGUAGAAGAACUCAUUCUAUCUGGUGCUGACAUUAUAAAGGUGGGCAUCGGCCCGGGCUCCGUGUGCACCACCCGCAUCAAGACGGGCGUGGGCUACCCGCAGCUGUCUGCCGUCAUCGAGUGCGCGGACGCCGCUCACGGGCUCAAGGGACACAUUAUUUCUGACGGUGGCUGCACCUGCCCCGGCGACGUGGCUAAAGCUUUUGGCGCGGGCGCGGAUUUCGUGAUGGCUGGCGGAAUGUUUGCUGGUCAUGACCAGUGCGGAGGCGACGUGGUGACCACAGCUGACGGGAGGAAGGUCAAGCUGUUCUAUGGCAUGUCCUCGUCGACGGCCAUGCUGAAGCACUCUGGAGGGAUUGCGGAUUACCGGUCUUCGGAAGGUAAAACCGUAGAAGUCGAAUACAGAGGGGACGUCGCGGCAACCGUAAAGGACAUCUUAGGAGGACUUCGGUCGGCGUGCACCUACGUGGGGGCGGCGCACCUUAGGGAACUCCCCAGAAGGGCCACCUUCAUCCGGUGCUGCAGACAAGUCAACGACAGCUUCUCGUAAGCUGUUGAUGAUCCUGGUUAGGUCUUGUGAGACUCUUUUUUAGGAAUAAGGAUUGAGCUGGAGAAACUUAUUUAUAAGCUACUUAAAAUCUUCUGAGAUGAAACAGCAAUUUUGGAGAAGCAAUUUUAUUACAACUUGGUUGAGUUAACUUCGCACCUGGUGGCCGUGACGUCCCAUCGACGCUCUGGUACGAACCGAGCAGUGUGUGAGGGAGUCGCAUUCCAACGAGGUUUGUUAACUCGACCGGGCUGUAGUUACUAUGUAGGUAAUAUGGAUAUGGAUAAUAUUGUUUUGAGAAUUUACAGCACAGUCACAUACAACACAGUAAAUAAAAAGAUACAGAACGAAAAAAUACUAAUUUCUCAGCUACUAACUACCUAACUACUAAGAAGAAUCUUCAGAAUUUUAGCACAUUUUUCCAGGUCAAGAUGUAGGUAGGACAAAUAUCUGAAAAAGGGUCACACAAGAAGGGUCGAUCAGACUUCAAGUUAGAAGUGUUUCUGGAUUUGAUGAAGCUAGGCUUUUUUUUCUUCUUAGCUUUUCUUCAGGGCUUUUCGAACUUCGUUAAUCGGGUGGUUUUAUGAACUAAAGAUUGUAAAGGUACAAAUAUUAGGCUCUUCCAAAUAAGACCUUUUGAAAAGCAAACUUCACACUAACUAAUUGCUCUUAAAUCCCGUUUCUUUCAGAAUCUCGUUUAGUAUUUAAUACGUGUUUUAAUAUUAACAUCCACCCUAACAUCUUGUUUGCUGUGUCCCGCCAAAUUCCUAAACGUUAGAAUUUGAAAUUCGGGAAUAAACGGGAUUCCGAAAAAGCGGGAUAAGUAUCUUCGUGGGAAAAGGCCCUAGCUUGGUCUAAUAACCUUUUUAUUUGGAAGACCCCAAAGGUACGCCCAAUGUAUUAGGUAAAAUGAGAUGGCCUAAUCUAAGUCUUCAGCCUAGCUUCAUCAAACUAGAAGUUUCACAAGUAAAUGCUUGUAGACUCUUUUAUUAGUAGUUAAGUCUUAAUUCUGAAGUGUUAUUGAUUCUCGAAGAAAAAGAAUUAAAAAGUGAUACAAUACAGUAAGGGGAGAGAGUUACCACCGAUGACUAUAAAGCGAAUAAACAUUGAAAAUUCUAAAUCAAUAUAAGGUUCAUCCAUUGGAGAUGAGGAGCCACUGGUUAAAUAUUAAAAUUAA